AUGCCAACAACAGCUUCUAAUCAAUUAUCAACGUCAUCACAGAAAGAUAAUAUUAUUGAUUUGUGUACAUCAGUUGGAGAAGCUUUUUCAAAAUUUAGUGUUUUAUUACGUGACCUUGAUUUAAGUAAUCAACGAUCAUUAUCAAAUAAUGAACACGAUCAACAGUUAAUUGGUUGGGAUGAACAAAGUGCAACAAUGUUUCGUCAAGCUCUACAAACAUUUGCAAUGAGUGUACGAGAUAUUUCAACUGCUGUAGCAGAAAAGCGAAUUCGUGAACGAUAA